AGGAACAAAUUACACCCCCAAGUGUUUGUUAGAAUGCUCCAAAGGAAGAAAUAUAGCUUGAGUAUAGCUUACGCCAAACGGUUUCGUCCAUAUUCUAGUGCCCCCACAUCCCCUUCCCUUCAACACCCCCAUUACUAUAAAGAUGCCUCACUUUCUAUCUUACAUACCCACCCUUUCCUCCUCCUCCUCCUCCUCCUCCUCCUCUCUCUCUCCUCUAUAUACUCUGUCCUUUGAUGGGUUAUUAUAAGAGACCUGUAUAAGUUAAAAGAAAACUCAAACUCAACUGGGUUAUUGUUUAUGGUUGUUGAGCUUAAUUGGGUUUGGGUUAGAGUUGAGAGUUGAGCUAAGUUUCUGUAAUUGUGAGUGACUUUUCUUGGAGUUUCUUGAAAUGGAUAAGCUCAACUUUGUGAAAAAUGGUGUGCUGAGAUUGCCGCCUGGGUUUAGGUUCCAUCCCACUGAUGAAGAGCUCGUGGUUCAGUAUUUGAGGCGAAAGAUAUUUGCCUGCCCGUUGCCGGCUUCAAUCAUCCCGGAUUUUGAUGUUUGCAAAUCUGACCCUUGGGAAUUGCCAGGUGACUCAGAUCAAGAGAGGUACUUUUUCAGCACAAGGGAAGCCAAGUACCCAAACGGGAAUCGGUCCAACAGAGCAACUGGUUCCGGCUACUGGAAAGCAACCGGAAUAGACAAGCAAAUUGUUACUUCUAGAGGGACCAACCAAGUAGUGGGGAUGAAGAAGACUCUGGUUUUCUACAGAGGAAAGCCACCACAUGGGUCUAGGACUGAUUGGAUUAUGCACGAGUAUCGCCUUGUUAACACCGAAACCGAUACAAAGAACUCAACCCAGAGCUCUGGGGAAAACUGGGUUCUUUGCCGCAUAUUUUUGAAGAAAAGAGGAACCAAGAAUGAGGAGGAGGUCACAAAAUCCAAAAACUGCAACACCAGACUCGGUGCUCUUGAAAAAACUGGGCCUGUGUUCUAUGAUUUCAUGGCAAAGGAGAAGAAGAUAAGGGCUGAUUUGAAUCUGGCCCCUGCCUUAUCAUCUUCGGGUUCAAGUGGGGUCACAGAGAUCUCCUGCCAUGAACCGGAUGACCUUGAAGAUAGCACCAGUUGCAGUAGUUUGUCCUCUUUUAGAAUGAAAUUACAUUAGCCACAAAAGCACCCUUCUUUGGUAAAUUACCUGAGCAAUGAUACGUACACGACUCCGGAUGAAAGUGCAUCCAAAAUCGUUCGAUGCAUGUGUUUUCACACACAUCCAACGGUUCCGGACGCAAUUGUGUUUGGAGUUGUGCCCGGAAGGUGUGUUCCUACUUCUACUAAAUUAAGCUUCCAAAAAUGCCCAUAAGAACAACCCCUUUUAGAAAACUGAUGUUUGGUUUGGUCCCUCAGCUUCAUGUGUCUUAUCAAGAAAAGUGAGAGAAAAAUUAGUGAUAAUCCAAUCUUGAGAUCAAGAUUAAAUUAUCAGUAAUGUUGAGAGCGGAGGAUUUUAACAGAUUUGGCGCUAUGUAAUCAAUUCCAAAGCUCUAGAAUUAGUGAUAAUCUUCUGUUUA